AUGGCUUUCGAACCCCAACAAUUGAUAUCAGAGCGAUCCAAUUGUCCCAACACUCGUUUUAGUGGAUUUGGUUACAGUUAUCGGACCGAUGAAUACAAAAUUGUUAGAAUGUAUGCUAGAUGUAGUUAUCCAGCUUUGGGACUGAGCCUCAAAGUCCAAGUAUACACUCUCGGUAGCGGUCUUGGGUGGAGAGAUAAAGGAAAAUUUGAAUUCUGUGUAUCACAAACAAGUGUCUGUGCAAAUGGAGCCCUUCAUUGGAUCGAGUACAAGAAACGUAAAAUUGUGGCUUUUGAUUUGGCAGAUGAAAAGUUCAUAGUAAUUCCACUACCAUCAGUUAUCUCGCACAAGAUCCUCGGCGAAGCUACUCCAAACGUUGUGGGAGGCUACUUGUCGGUUUUUCAUGUAGUUAAAGAAGAUGAAAAAACAUUCAUUAGCAUAUGGUCAUUGAAGAAAAAGAGAAAGUGUAAUAGUUAUGCAAUGGGAGAAGACGAAUUCGACAACUACUGGAGUUGGAAUAAAGAAUUUAGUAUACCAUGGAAUGACACUAAAGUGAAGUACAAUAGGUCGUAUCAUCCACUCGCAGUUACAAAGAGCAACCAGGUUCUACUGUUGCAUCACGGGGGUCUCUUAUGUUAUGAUCUGAAAACUACAACCUUGAAAGAACUCUGGGAUGUUCAUCCGAGGUUACGUGUAGAGGUACCUCCCUACUUGGAGGCAUCUCUCCACUUGAAUAGUCUUGUUUCACUCAAAGCUUUAGGAUAA